AUGCCUUUCUCAAUCAGCUCAUCCAUCGAAAAGCUUUUCGGCCACCGCUGUUGGCAUCCUCCUCAUUGCCACAUCUGUCGAACUGGCAUAUACAACCGUAAACUCCCCAAAAAGACCCCUAAAGAAACCAUCUCCUUCCGAUCAAUCGUCGACGAACACUUAACCUCAAUCAUCCGCGAGGAUCCCCGAUUUUUCCAACGAAGAUUUUUCGGUUCCUACAUGGGACCUAUAACUCUCCAUCUCGCCGUCUCGGAAAAUGAACACGUGCAUGAAUAUCUUUGUUUCGAUUGGGGGAGACCGGAAAGACGGAAUUUGGAUUUCCAGGAGAAGGUAGUGGAAACUCAACAAGAUCUUGUCAAGUCUUGGGAGCGGGCGGAGAGAGGUUCGCCGAAAAAUGGAAAAAUAAUGGUGUAUGAAGAGCGUUUUGUGGUUACGCGUGUCGAUACAGAGAUUUGUCGCCGCAUGUAUCCAAUGAGUCCUACGAGAUAUUGGAAGGCUAAACAUAUUUUAACGAGGACAUAUGUAGAUGUGUAA